AUGAGCAAAAAGAAAAAAAGUAAAGAUGAAGAAGAUAGCCAAAUUAAGAAACACGACAUUGAUGAGAAGGACUGUUUAAAAGAAGAAAAUGAUAUAAAGGUACUCAAGCAAAAAAUAUACUACUUGAAUGAAAUGCUAGAAACAAAAAACUCUAUCAUAUUAGACAAAGAAAGGUACAUUAACCAGCUCGUAAAUGAAAAUAGACAUCUGCAAGAGCAUUAUGGAUUAAUUAUUAGUAGUAUCGUCGACAAAGAUACUAUUAUCACCUAA